GCUGGUUUCUUUAAAAAUCUUUAUGAAAAAAGUGGAUCAGCCCUGAGACGCGGCGAUUACCCUGGCCCUCCACGCCACCCCAACUGGAAGCUAAAUAUCUGUAUUUUGUAGAUUCUGAUAUUCAGUAAACUAGAUGGUCUUUUCCUGCCUCAUCUUUUUGAGUAAUCCCUCACAAUUCUAGGAAUUCCUUGACAAACUCAAUUUGUUCGCUGCAGCGUCGUGCACCGCUGGCCCGUCCCUCCCGGCCCCCGCGGCCGACAGAAAGCGGCUAACGGGCACCGCGGGCUCGACGGGACCGCAGGGAAAACAGCCUGUCAGAACGGGCACGGGACCGCGGUGUUACGCAGACGAGGCGGGUUCUCAGGAGCGAAUAUCCGCACCGAAAUUGCAUUUAUGACGCACUUGAGCUCCGAGCUGCCGCCACGGCCACCGCGCGAGGCGUUGCCGGCGGCCCCGCCCUCUUCCGCCCUCAUCAUACGCAGCUUCCUGGGGGCGUCAUCCCACAACUGCGCAUCCUCUCGUCGGCUCAGGCGCUGAGGCUGCCGGGGGACGCUCUGGCCGGGCCCGAGUUAUGAUGCUGUUCCAAUCCAGUCAAGUGUGGUGUUAUGCUCCUGUUCAUCCCCUUCAAUGGUGAGGAACCAAGCAGAUUCCAGCACUCCACCUGUCAUUUCCGCUUGUGGCAGCAGACAGGGAUCUAACAUGGAGGGUACAGCACCUGAAUCAAGAUCUAAUUCAAACUCCUUGCAGCAACAUACAGGACAGCAGCCUCCACAGCCUCGAAAGAAACGACCUGAUGAUUUCAAAUUCGGGAAAAUUCUUGGUGAAGGAUCUUUUUCAACGUGCAUGUGUUUAGUGGCCAGUUACAAUAUGUUUUCUUUCCUCUGGCAACAGGUUGUCUUGGCUCGAGAAUUGGCAAGUUCUAGAGAAUAUGCCAUUAAAAUUCUAGAAAAACGUCAUAUCAUAAAAGAAAACAAGGUACCAUAUGUGACACGAGAGAGAGAUGUAAUGUCCCGUCUGGAUCACCCUUUUUUUGUGAAACUCUACUUCACCUUUCAAGAUGAUGAAAAGCUAUAUUUUGGACUUAGCUAUGCCAAAAAUGGAGAGCUGCUAAAGUAUAUACGCAAAAUUGGCUCGUUUGAUGAGACCUGUACAAGGUUUUAUACUGCUGAAAUUGUAUCAGCCCUGGAGUAUUUGCAUGGCAAAGGAAUCAUUCACAGGGACCUUAAGCCAGAGAACAUCUUAUUAAAUGAAGAUAUGCACAUUCAAAUAACAGACUUCGGAACAGCAAAAGUAUUAUCUGCAGAUAGCAGACAAGCCCGGGCAAACUCAUUUGUAGGAACAGCACAGUAUGUUUCUCCAGAACUGCUGACAGAGAAAUCUGCCUGUAAAAGCUCUGACCUCUGGGCUCUGGGAUGCAUAAUAUAUCAACUUGUAGCUGGAUUGCCUCCAUUUAGAGCUGGAAAUGAAUAUCUUAUAUUCCAGAAGAUAAUAAAGUUGGAAUAUGACUUCCCAGAAAAAUUUUUUCCUAAGGCAAAAGACCUUGUGGAAAAGCUGUUGGUUCUAGAUGCUACCAGCCGAUUAGGUUGUGAAGAAAUGGGAGGAUAUGGACCUCUUAAGGCUCACCCCUUCUUCGAAUCCAUUGUGUGGGAGAACCUGCAUCUUCAGACACCCCCUAAACUUACAGCGUAUUUACCUGCUAUGUCAGAGGAUGAUGAAGACUGUUAUGGAAAUUAUGACAAUCUCCUGAGUCAGUUCGGUUGCAUGCAAGUUUCUAGUUCUGCCUCUUCCCAUUCACUGUCUGCUGCAGAGACAAGUACACCACAGACAUCAGGAGGAAAUAUUGAACAGUAUAUUCAUGAUCUUGACAACAAUUCCUUUGAGCUGGAUUUACAGUUUUCUGAAGACGAAAAGAGGUUACUUCUGGCAAAACAAGCUGGUGGAAAUCCUUGGCAUCAGUUUGUAGAAAAUAACUUAAUCCUAAAAAUGGGUCCAGUGGACAAAAGAAAGGGAUUGUUUGCACGUCGGCGCCAAUUGCUGCUUACGGAGGGACCCCACCUGUAUUAUGUGGAUCCUGUCAACAAAGUUCUAAAAGGAGAAAUUCCAUGGUCUUUAGAGUUGCGUCCAGAAGCCAAGAAUUUUAAGACAUUUUUUGUUCACACGCCAAACAGGACAUAUUACCUGAUGGACCCAAGUGGGAAUGCUCAUAAAUGGUGCAAAAAGAUACAUGAAGUUUGGCGGCACAGAUACCACCAGAAUGCUGCAAAAUAGUAAAGCUCAUCCAAAAUUUCCCAGUUUCCCUACUUGCUGCUAGAACUCCGUGUGCAGCCGAUCAGAGGAAUCUUUUCAACCCACCUAUUACCAUCUCAAGGGGAAGCAUACGUCUGAAAUGUUCUUGGGGUUUUU